UGUGUAUUUACACAACUACCUUGGAGAGAAACCCUGGAGCUGGACUCCAGUGAAUUUUUUAUUUUCUUCAUUGUCCUUGCAGUUUUAGUUGUUAAAGUAUAGAUAUGCCGGAAAAUAUAAGUAUAAAAGUGAUAGGUCGCUGUCGCUCACUUACAGGAGAAGAAUCAAGCAAAGGAGUAAAAUCUGUGGUCAAAGUUUCUGGCGAUAAGAUUUUGUUAGAACUUGGUGGAAAGGAACAGUCAUUUGGAUUUGAUGGAGCAUACUCUGGAGAAGUUAAAAAUGAACAGAUUUUUAAGGAGAAAUGUGAGACAAUGUUACAAAGAACUACAGAAGGAUAUAAUUCAACCAUUAUGACUUUUGGCGCAACAGGAGCAGGUAAAAGUCACCUGAUGUCGGGUACAGACGACAAUCCAGGAAUAGCUCCACAGAUGAUCAAAAGAUUAUACCAACAUAUAGCUGAGAAAAGUAACAGAGAGUUCUUUAUAACUGUGUCAUAUCUACAGGCAAUGGAUGAGAAGAUGAUGGAUUUAUUAAAUCCUCACAACAACCAGAUGACAAUCAGACAUCACCCCCAUAAAGGAAUAUUUGUUGAUGGUUUGUCUGAGAUGGUAGUCCAUAGUUAUGAUGAGAUGUCAGAGAUGUAUGAACAAGGCAGGAGAGUUCAUGAAGCUGGAGGUUCUGAUCUGAAAGGCAGCAGGGCAAGAGCUCAUGCAGUAUUUAGUAUAACUAUAGAACAGAAAGAGAGACAGUCCAGUAAAGUAGGAGUCAGAUCUGUUCUUACAUUGGCAGAAAUAGCAGGGUUUGACCAUGGAGGCAGCACAGAUCCAAAAGUUGUUGCAGGUGUGCAAGGUAUGGCAACUGUUUUAAAUGCUUUAGGAGGACCAAAGAAAGGGGGAGCCAUUCCUUAUAGGGAUUCUGUCAUCACUAGAGUUCUUCAGGAAAGUCUUGGAGGAAAUGCUGUUACCAUGGUUUUUGCUGUUGUCUCCCCUGUUGACAAAUCAGCACAGGAAACCAUGACAACACUACAGUAUGCACAAUAUGCUAAAAAUACAAAGAAUCAUGUUAAAAUGAAUCUGGAUGAAACACAUGAUAUAAUUAACGAUUUGAGAGACGAGAUUUCCAAACUUAGAGAAAAGAUUGCAGCACAAUCACAACCUAACAAGGAUGAUGUUUUGAAGAUGGAGGCAUUGGUACAAGAUUUACAGAUAGCCAAGAGGUCUACGUGGGAAGAAAGAGAGAAACAGUCCAGUAAAUAUCAAAAUGAAAGGAAAACUAAUCUGGCUAAUAAGGGUGUACUCGAAUGGGUGCAAGACAGUAUGAAGAAAGGAAACAGGGAGUUACAGGAAAAAUUGAUGCUGCUUCAGAAAGAAAAAGAUCAGCUGACAUAUCAAUACAAAGAGAGACGCAAGGUUGUAGAUGAUCUAAAUGAAGAACUACAGAGGAAGAUUGGAGAAUAUUCAAAACUGACACAAAGUGGAAAGUCAUCAGAAUCUGAGACAAAGAAGAAAGUCACUGCUGUACAUGACUUGAAAGAAAAACUGAAAAAAGAAACUGAUGGUCUAAAAAGACUAAAGGAACAAUUACAAGAACUGACUGAAAAACAGAAAAAUGAAAGAGAGAAUGCUAAGGCUCAGAUAACAUCACUGAAAGGAAAUGCAGAGCUGAGACAGAAAAUUGAGCGUGAAGAAAGAGAGCACUUAGAGAAGGAGCAUGCAGCACUGGUGCAUUUUGAAAUUGACAAAAUGAAGAUGGAUAUUGAAAAUAUCAAACAGGACAUCCAGAUGAAGGUCAACAAAGGUCACACAUACUCUUCUCAGGAAGGAGAACUUUUAGAAGUACAUGUAGCUGAAAUGAAGGCUGAGAAAAAUGUUACUACACUCCAGAUUCAGUUGUUAGAGAAAGAGAAGGCCAGAAUUGUACAAGAGUUAGAGGAUGUACAUAAAGUACACAAAGAUGAGUUAGAGAUACAACAGUUACAACAUUUCCAGACAUUUAGAAGUUAUAGAGAGAUGUUUGAGGAGCAGAAGAUAGCACUAGAUCAGAGAUACAGACAGUUGUUAGAGGAUGCUAUUCAGGAUGCUGUGUUCUUGUCAAGUCGUAACAAUGAAUUACAGGAUGAGAAUAAAUCUCUCAGGCAACAUAUUGCUGAGAUGAAGGAUGUGAUAACUAAACUUGGAGGAAGAAUUCCACCAGAGCCUGGUAUGACUGCUUAGAACAAUCAUGUUGACUUCAGACUUCUGUCCUCGGUCAAAAUAUUCUGCAGACUGCAAUCAUUAUGACUUGUUUUUAAAUUCAAAAGUUAUUCUUACAAUAAUGAAGGGCGUCCUUUUCAAACUUGUGAGGUUUUCAUGAUAGACACAUUUAAAUGCUGCUAUUGACAAUUCCAUUAAACUUCACUUUGUGUAUAAGUCACUUCUAUGAUGGUUUUUAUAUUUCAAAAAAUUAAUUUACCUAAACACCUUAAGUGCUUGUAUUGAAUACCAUUUAAUAUGAUAAUCAAAAGAAUGAACUGUAAAUUUUUAGCUGUUUUUUCCCUAAUACUGGUACAGUUAACUCUUUCCACAAAAUAUUAUAAAACUCUGAAUUAUUUGCCCCUUAUUCAGAAGCUGAAGACUUAUUAAACCAUAGAUAUUUACAUAUUAGUUAAAUAAUAAAUCAGAUUGGUUUACUUUGACUCUAUGACAUUGUCAGAAGUUUUAUUUCUUACAUUCAUUGUAAAUUUAUUGCAGUAAAUAUUCCUGUAGAUUAAUAUGAAAUUUUCAAGGACAAAAAUAUUUUUUCUUAUGAUGGACACAUGUAUAAAUCCAAAAAAUUCUGUCCAUAUUUAUUUAUAACAAUUUGUGUGUUAUAUGGACAGAAUAAUCCAAAGAUAAACAUUCCGUCCACUUUUUACAGUUUCCCUCCAGUCUCCAUGUUGUGUAUAUGUAUUUGUAAAUAAUGAGCAUAUUUGCUACUUUUUUAAGUGCUGGUCACUUAUUUGUUAUUUUUAUAUUAUUAACAAUUUUUAAAUAUAAUUCAUAUGUAUAACUCUAAUAAAAUUAUGAUAUUCCUACAAAAUGGAAGCAGAAAUAGGUGUUACAAAUUCAAAAUGGGCUGUUUCAGAAAUGUUUGCAAGGAGGCAUAUGAAAUAAGUUUUUGGUAGGUGGUUGCAUUUUUUUCAGACAUUUUCAAGUAUUAUAUAGAAUUUUUUACAUUUUACAUAGUUUUUGUUGAGGUUUCUCAUUAAAGAUGCCUCCUAACUUCCGUACAUUUAGUUAGAACAAUCGUAAUUUUUUUUACUAAUAUUUAUCAAUUAUAAAUAGUUACUGAUGUUCUUAUUAACUCUCUUUUUUUAAUAUUAAAACAGAAAUUUGCAACUAUAUAUCGAUUAGGUUUUGAAAUAUUCAUUUAUAAAACUCAUUAAUAAUGAAAUUGCUAUAAAUAUAUUCUUUCUUUCUAAUGAAAAUAACUUUUUUUAAACAUAUAAAACUAUUAAUGUGCUUUCAUAAGACAAGGGAGAUAAAAACAUAUUUGAUGUCUUAUUUCAAACUUUUAAAAUGGUUGCAGUGACUAUAUAGAUACUCACAUUAUUUCAAAAUUCAAAUUCAACUUAAACAUCAUUUAUCCAUUAGUAUAACUUUUUAAAUUGUGAGUUUAUUUUCAGAGCAGGAAAAGAUAAGCUAGAAUCAAUUAUAAAUGUUUUUCUUCAAUUUUGAUAUUUGAGGAAACUAUGCAAUUUUAAUACCUGUAAUGGGACUACAUCAUAUCUUUAUAUUCUAGUAAGAUUGGACAUUUUUAUAUGUUUACAAAAGCACUAUUCACAAUGCAUUUGCACCUGAAAUCUAAAAUUGUUUAUAAAUUCCAGUCUGGUACUUGGAAUUAAUUUUGUGCAAUAUGUGAUAUGUUUUCUUAUAGUGAUUGAUAACUUUGUAAGAUUUCUUGAAACAUUUUAGCAAGGUGUUAAAUUCAGUAAAUAAUGAAAAAAUUCAAUAAAAUGAACAAUCCAAUUAUUACGAUCUAAUUAUAGCCAGUAAUUUUAUGCUACAGCUUGUACUUGAAAUCUCAAUCAAGGAUCUCACAUUAUUUCAGAUUCACAAAUUUUGUCACUAAUUCUGACAUAUGUUUAAAUGAACUGUAAACGUGGAAAUUGAAGCUUAUUUUGCAAUAAUUUAUAAUAUGUGAAAAUAUUUUGAAUUUUGUGAUAGACCUUACUUGUAAAAUGAAUUAAAAAACUAUUUAACAGUCUACUGAAACUCUAAUGACAAUUCAGUACAAUACAUUACUGUAAAUUCAGAAAUUAUUGCGUGCAUUUAUUAUUGCGAUUUUGUCAUUUAAGACUAAAAUGCAAUUUUAAUUUUUGCGAUAUUGAGAAAAAUCCUGUUUAAUUCAUAUAAAAAAUUUCAAAAUGCGAGUUUAAAUUAUUGCGAUUAUAACCCUGUCGCAUUUUUCGCAAUAAUAAAAACAUCGCAAUAUUUUCUGAAUUUACAGUAUUAGUGAAAUGCUGUGAGAUCCACAGAAAAUUCAAUAAAAUUUCUUUUUAUUCCAUAGAAAUUGGUUUUAUUUUCUUUUUCCUGCACAGCAUGUUUUAAGAAUUUGACAAACAGAUAAAAAAAGAAAUCAUUAAUUUUGUUUGUGCAUUAAUGGAUGAAUUUUUUCAAAGACUUUUUAGUCCACUUGUUUGUAUUGAUCAAUACAGUAUUGAAAAUGAAACAAAUAUUAAAACUUUUCAUUGUAACAUUAUAUAUUUGGAAUAAUUUUGUUAAUCAUUAUAUUUAAUAAAUUUUAGAAUAAACUACAAA